GACACAGUAGUGAACGGACGUGACGCGGAUAGUGUGUGAGUGAGUCGGAGUGGAAGAGAUGGUUGCCUAGUAGUGUUAAGAGACACUUUGGGAAUUGUUACAAGAAAAUAUAAUACACCAUGCCGGGGCCGGACACAUCAGAAGUGGCGGAAGAGUACCGGUCGUCCCUGAAGGAUUUGACCAUCAACUCUAAGCCACUUAUUACCAUGUUAACAAUGCUGGCUGAUGAAAAUAGACCCCACGCCGCCAUCAUUGUUAAAGUCAUCGAGGAACAUAUCCAUGAGGUGUCUGGGCCUCAGAAGCUGCCAGUCAUGUACUUGAUUGACUCCAUCAUGAAGAAUGUUGGUCAGGAUUAUAUCAAGAUGUUUGGACACAACAUUAUCAGCACAUUUAGUUGUGUCUUUGAAAAGGUUGAUGAAAGAACAAGGAAAAAACUUUAUGAGUUGAGACACACAUGGAAUGAAGUGUUCCCAAAGUCUCGGCUGUAUGGACUAGACGUCAAAGUACAGUCACUAGACCCAGCCUGGCCCUUGCCCACAGGUCCAGCAAUAACAUCCCAGACCUCCAGUAAGCCCAACAUACACAUCAACCCCAACAUCAUUAAGCCUGGUGUGGUAAAGGGGUCGUCAUUAACGUCGUCAUCUUCGGGUCACAAGAACAAGAAGGAACUCGAGAUCCUCAAACGGGAAGAGCAGAUUUUGGAAUUAGAGCGACAAAAGUUGAUGUUGGAAAAGAAGAAAAUACUUUUGGAACAGAGUCGACAAUCCAAAUCAGAAACUAAGGUGGUGAAGCCAGAGCCCGAGAAACCAAUUGCCAAGACCAUCGACGACCCCAGUAUAUCCAGCGAACGCCGCUCCGAAUUCCUCCGCUCGUACAAGAUAAAGAAAAAGUCACAAAAUAAGGAAGAAUCACAGGUGAGCUCAACCAUUCACGUAGACCCCCGGCGUGUCCAUCAGGUGCUCCCUGUAGUUGCUGCAUCCAGUCCAGUUGUGACGCAAGAUCCCAGAAGGAUUAAUGAAACGACUCGGGAUCCUAGGUUAACGGUUGAAAAUAAUCGUGAUCCAAGAAUUACACCCGAGAGUUCCAGAGACCCCAGACUCAAUUCUGAAAGUUCUCGGGACCCAAGACUAAAUUCAACUCUCUCUACAAACAGUACAAAGGCUGCCAAGCCAAGUGAGGCGCAGGUGACAUCUUCGCGUGAUCCUCGGGUGGCUGUAAAAGAGGUGAAAGAUAAAGAUAAAGAUAAAGUGAAAGAGAGAGAGCAGCGGAAAAGUAAGAAAGAAACCCCAGUAAAACCCAAAAAAGAGAAGGAAGUAAAGCCUUCAAAGUCAGAGGCGCGGUCUACAAGGUCUCUCCAUCGGGCAAAAGAAAAGGAGAAAAAGGAGAAGGAAUCUCCUGUGUCAUCUUCGUCGCUCAAGUCAAACAUAACACACACAAAGAAGUCUCUGGAGGCUCCGGCACCCGUCGUCGUUAAUAAUUCGACUACGUCAUUCAAAAGCAACAGGAGGAACAAGCAGCGCACCUACAAGCAACGCACCGAGUCCCCUGUGGAGGAGCCCAACUCACCGCCCAGGAAGAAGCGUUCAUACGACGAGAUUCUUUCUGACUCGGAUGAUAGUGACCAUUACCAGGCUAAUAGACCUAACCCUGCAUUGUACAAUAAAUCUGGUGAGUAUAGGGGUAGGUUGGAGUGGGAAGGAGAGAGUGAGAAUGCCCUCGCCAGACUCUCCCUGAUCAGUCAAGAUUCUUCACUUUCUGUAAGACUCGCCCCCCAGGACAAGGAGUCCUUUAUUUUGCUCUGGGAGCCUUUCUUUUAUGUAAAUUGUGGAUUUAUGGAUUUUUGUAAUAUCUUUUUUACAACAUUUUACUUGUCAUUAUUGCUAGCAAGGUUGAAGAAGUAUGGUUCUAUAUAUGCAGAAGUGUUAAAAAGGUUAAAUGUUUUAUAUUAUAAAUCAUAUUUAUCUGUAAAAAUAGCUUACUCAAAGAAACCAGAAGUCAGCAGCCCCGCCACAUCAACAACAGGUAUCGGGGACACUGACUACCGCCAGUUCACCUCUCCUCCUAAACGGCCUGCCACCAACGAAAAUGUCUCUCCGCCAAAGAAGGACACCAUUAUUGAUGAGAAACUGACUGAGGGUCAACAAGAGCUUGGACUGUUCAGCAAGAAGGACGUGGACUACCGCCAACUCUUGCCUCGUCCUGGGCUUCUACCCACCCCAGGACUCCCAGCGGCAUUUAAGAUGAUGGACCAAGAUGACCGUAACCCUGGCAGUCUGGAUCACUCGUCUCGUGAUCCUCUAGCACCUCUUAGCACUUCAGAUCAAGAUGCCAAUAUUUCUCAUCCUAAAGGAGUGUUGGGUCCUCCAGGCAUUGAUAGUCCAGCUGUGUGCCCCAUUGACCCCCGCUCAAGGAAACAUAGCUUUAACAGCCCUCAUGCUGCAUCUUGGGAGAAGUUCAGGGAGAAGAACCCAGAGUUUAAAGAAUACCAGAGACAGGCCAGCAUGUCAGAGGCCGACAGAAGUUUCAACGUAGACGAGGAGGAUCAAGAUAUGCCUUUCUGUGAGAGCCAUAGUGGACCCCCAAUCCGAGGACGCAGCUUUAGAAGUAGAGGGUACGAAGACUCCAGUGAUGCAGCACAGGGAAGACACAGGGAUGGGAGGCGGCUAUGGGGUGAAGAAGAAGAAGAUGGUGUUAGGUUUCAAGGGCGGAGUAAAGCUGCACAGGAAAACUUUAAGAUGAUACUGAAGCAGGCCCUGGAGCAGAGGGAUCGUGGUGAGAUCAGUGAGAAUCAGUACCAGAACAUGGCCAACAAGCUCCGGCUACUAACAGAACAAGAACAGAUCAGGGAGGCACGGGAGAGGGAGAGACUUCACCCCAGAAGUUCGUCACAGUCACAUUUUUCAGGAAAUGGAAGCUGGUCAAGUGGAGGUGAUAGCCCAGCUUCUGUGUCAAGUAGUGGACCACCACCAGGUGCAGGCUGCAUUGGUCCAGGUGUCUCUGGUCUAAGCCCUAGUAAUAUUCCUAGCCUGGGGCGAGGACGAGGCAGUCGCGAUGGCCACUUACCCUUCACUACGGGAUCAAGGGGUGGCCGGGGUACUUUCAUGGGGCCUACUGUCUCUCCUGCAGCACGAGGCAUGGGAAGAGCUGGUAGAGGAGGACCUGGAAUAGAAGAUGAUGGAUGGGGAAGAGGAGGGAUAAGAGGAAGAGGCAGAAGGGGAAGAGGCGGACACCAACAAGAUGACCGUAGUUGGCCUGUGAGAGAAUCAGUACUGGAGGAUGAGUGGACAGGUGAACCAGAUCUACCUUAUGUGGCUGAAGAGACUUUGAAGGCCGUAGCUCGAGAUGCUGAAACUAGAACCAUUGAUAUUGACGGUAUACCUCGGGAGAUACGUACAUAUGGAGAAAAUGCUAUUAUUCUCCUGGAUUGGAAUGACCCUCGUAUUCUGACUUUUGGAGAUGGACAUUGCAAUAUUGUCUUUGAUGAAGGAAAGUUUGUUUUACCAAUGAGAAUAAGGGAAGAUUACAAGGAAUUCUCAAUUGCUGGAGAGACUCAUCAUGUCAAACUUGGAGUACCUACACAAGAGUUAAUGCUAGAUGGUAGAGGCUAUCAGUGUUUCUUUGGUGGCAAGCCCAUAACUGUUCACUUGGCUGGGCAACCUCGUACUGUCAGCCUGGACGGCAAGCCCCCAAAUGUAAAUAUAGGUCCUGUAGCUAACAGAGAAUUUCUUGCUGGUAAAAUCCAGCUUGUUAUAAAUGCAAAAAAAGUAGUCAAUCUCUUUUUGGAUGCCAAGCCACAGCGUUUCUUCAUUGAUGGCAAACCUUUUGUCAUUCAGUUUAUUGAUGCUCUCAGGGCUGUAACCAUAAACAAUAUCAGAUUUCCAGUUGAGUUUGGAGGACUACCUCUCAGCAUCAGUGUGCGUGGUUACAGGCGUUUCCUGCGAUUCACAUCAUUGCCCCCGGGUGUUGUUCCAGGACAAGUAGCCAUUCGAGGGAUGGAGAGUGAGAAUCAAAAGCUAUCAAGCUUGCCAGGUAGUCCAGCACAAGACAAGGUUGUAGAAACUGGAAUGAAACCUAACAGAGGAUCACCUUCUCUGGAGAUGUCUCAUAAACCUCCAGUUGGGUACCCUCAGGACAAAUCCUCAAACAAAGGAGUCUCACAUCCUUCAAUGGGAAUAUCAGCUGCACCAGAAGGAAUUUUUGUGCCUCUCCAAGGACCUCCUUCAAAGAUACCAACAUCACAGAGCCUUCCACAAGGAAUACCACCACAAAGACCUAUAAUGACGGGUCCUCCACCACAGGGUCCACCACCACAAGGACCUCCACCACAAGGACCUCCACCACAGGGUCCUCCACCUCAUGGGCCUCUACAUCAGGGCUCUCUCCCUACAGGCCCACCACCACAAGUUCCUUCAUCACAUACUCCUCUGCUGUCUCAGGCUCCACCUACAGUACCUCUACCAGCAGGGAUGAUAACAGUAACGAGUAUGGUCACCCAGCUGCCCCCACAAUCAAUGCUGACAACUUCUCUACCUGUUACACUUCCCAACAUGAGUCAUCCUCCUCCCAGUGCCAUCCCAGGCUCCUACAUGACCAGUCAGUUACCACCAUCUUUGAUAAAACCCUCGCAGCCACCUCCACCUGUGCAACUUGACCUUAACGCUCUCUUGGAGAACUUGACGCGUACUGGCCUCAUCGAUGCCAAGGCUCAAGAUAAAUCAAAGAAUAAAAAGGAUGAAAUUGAGAAGAAAAAGGAAGAGGAAGAGGAAGAAAAGGAGAGAGAAAGGGACGAAUUAAUUUCGUUUGAAUUUAUGUUCAACUCCGAAAAUCUCCGAAGGCGAAGGAAAUGGCUCAUUGAAUCUAUAUACCGAGGGAUGCAGUGUUCAUCAUGUGGGCUACGUUAUCCUCCUGAACAAACCCUCCAGUACUCCCAUCAUCUGGACUGGCAUUUCCGACAGAACAGACGUCAACAAGAGUCAACCAAGAAAGCAAACACUCGCAAGUUCUACUUUUCCACCCAAGAUUGGUUACAGUAUGAGGAAAUUGAAGAUGUUGAAGAGAGAGUGCCGAGUAUGUUUGAAAAUGAGGGCCUUGAUGAAGCCAUUGAGGCCGAAGAAUCUGAAGAACCGAGUGUAGCUGUUUCUUCAGAGGCAAACUUGGGGGUGUGUCCCACUUGCCAUGACACCUUUUCCCAAUUCUUCCAUCAGGAGACAGAAGAGUGGAGAUUCCAUAAUGCUAUCCAAAUUGAUGGGAUCAACUACCACCCAGCUUGUCACCAGGAUAUGCUAAGAGCUGAGGCAGCUGAGAAGGAAAAGGAAGAAAAGGAAAAACAAGAGAAAGAAGAAGAAGAGAAGAGUAAGCUGGAGAAAGAGGAGGAAGAAGAGAAAGGAGAAGAGAUGCCAGUGGAGGAAGAAGGAAAUAAAGAAGAAGAAAAAGAGGGAGGGAAGGAGGAUGAACAAGAGGGAGAAAAGGCCGAUAAAGAUAAACAGAAGGCUGUGGACGGAGACUCGGAAGAAACUCCAAUGGAUUCCCAAACUUCAGUGACAGAGAAGGUGGAUGCAGUGUCACAAGAGAUGCAGCUGCCUGUUCAGAUCAAGGAGGAACCAAUGGACGUUGAAGAAAUUGACCUCGACUGCGUAACUUCAUCGUCUCUCCCAGAGGGUAUGAUGAUCAAGCAGGAAGUGAAGAAGGAACCCCCCGAAUCCAACGAAGAUGAUAUCCUUUCCAGAUCACCCGAGGAGGACGAUGAUAUCGACGCGUUGCUCUCCGAGAGUAAUGAUGAUCACAUGUGGGAGACACCAAUAGUCUCGGUCAACGCAGCAGAAACAGACAUUGCCAGCUCUAUCGAUGGAAACACGGAGCUCUCCGCCCCGGACACGACCCGUACGAAAUCGUCCAUGACAAAGAUUAAGUUAAAUAUGUCCAAACCAACUCUUAAUAAUAACAAUGAAAACAAUAAUGAAAAGAAGAAAAAUGAUAACUGCAUACUUAAUUCCAAUAACAUCGAGGAAGAAAUUGGAGAAUUUGUACCGCCGCCAUUCACUGUAGACUAUGACCUUAAACCAGGUUUCAAAGGUGUUGAACUAACUGAACAACCCAUGGAAGGUCGAGGUGUAGAAAUAUCCGGUCUCUGCUCAAUUAUGUAAACGCCAUUGUUAAGUUUACUGGUAUUGAUAAAUAUGCUUGAGUUAUGGUCAUCAUCAUACACAGUCUGUUACCUGAUUAACCCCCCCGGGGCUCCCUCCUAACCUACGUGGUGCCACUCACUAAACACUGUUCAGAAAAGAUCUCAUAAAGAAAGUAAAGGAUGUGUUUGAGGUGUAAUAUGCUCUGUGCAUGAUAUAAUGACUUUUUCCAGGUGAUGGGCAUUUUCAUGGAGAUUCUCAUUGUUUUCUUGCCCUUGAGUUUACUGAAUUUGACUUGACCACUGAAUAGAUUCUGUAUCUAGGUCAUAUACCGGUAGCUAUCACAUGUCUAUUUGUUCUUCAGUUUAGUAAAAAAAAAAUUAUUUCUACUUGGUAUGUAAGUGACAUAAUCUAGUUAUGAGCAUUUUUUACCAAAAUCAAGUUGAUCAUAUUCUUGUCACAAAAAACACCUCAUCUCUCUAUCUUGAGUCACAGUCUACAACUGCAAGUGCUAGAGCAGAUUCCACUCUUGUUGCAAGACAUCAGGAGAAAAUAUUACUCUAUCUUCAUUGAUGAAUUCCUUGAAAAUUAUUAUGCCAGCUUUUGAUAUCUACUGCUGGAGUUCAAUCCUACAUCUGUAGUGUUCUCAUUCUCAAGAAUAUUUACUUUGGAAAGGAAUUGUCAUGAUUCAUCUCACAAACACGCCAGAAAAUUGCAUUAACCAUUAGUUAUUUUAACACCGUGACAUUGUUAUAGAUGCAUUAUCCUCCAAACUUAAGAAACUAAGUUGAAUGCAUUACAUGUAAAUAUUGUAUGGUGAUUAUUUUCAUUGGUAUUGACUAAUUACCUAAUAUGCAAGAGUGAACUAUUGAUGCUCAAUUCACAGUACUUGUGUCUACUCAGAUGGCAUAUAUUUUUCCCAAGUCCUACAAUGGGGUGAUGCAAAUAGAUAUGGUGGUGGUUCUGUUUCCACUGUGUUGAAGGAAGUGCCUCUACUGAAAAAAUCAUCAACCUCUUUUGUAGUGGAAAUAUGUGCCUCAUAUGACAGUUUUUAGGUGAAAGAUAGAUGGAUGAAAAUUUAUCUUAAAACUCUUUGUGGAUGUAAAUUAUAAUUAUUCUUAACUGAAUGUGGUAACAUGUUCGUUUAUAUGAUACUGGCUGUGCAUAGUGUUGAUGUUUCAUCAUUUUUUCAAAUAUGUGAAUGUUUGUAAUAUUUAUGUUAUCUUAAAAAGAUUGAAAUCUAGUCUUAUGUUAUUUGUUGUAUCUUUUUUUUUGUUAAAUUCAGUUUUAAAUGUGCCAUUGUGAGAUUCAUAACAAAGUUAUGAAAGAAUUUUCACAGAAAAAGCUACUUGGGAUUUGCAGCUUAAAAAUUUGAGAGCAUAAUGUCUUAUAAGAAGCCAGUAGUAUGUGGUAAAGAGGAAUCCUUAACAGAGUUGACUUUUGGCACUAAACAAGAACUUAUAAUGGUUACUAUCAUUGUAUCGUGAUAUAUUGAAGCAAGAACCAGCCAUACCUUGUGGCUGACUAAGGUGGAGUGCUGUGUGAAGGCUCAAUUGUUGUGAAUAUAGUUUUAGGAUUUUUAUAUAUAUAUAGUUUUGUACAUUUGUAAAUUCAUUGUAAAAUAAAUGAUAUUUUCUUAA